CGUAAACAGCUUGCAAAUUUGAAUUUUUUUUCUCUCCCCACUUUUGACCAGCACUGGGGCAAUGGAGGUGAUGGCAGUGUUUCCAAAGACAGACCAGAAAUCUCUAGGUGUUUGCACACAGGGGAGAGAAACUUGUUAGGGGUUGGAAAGUGGAAAGAGACAAUUCAACAGAGGGAUGAGCUUGAAUGAUUCCCCGUCUGUGAAUUAAGGUUCUGCAAAGUGCUUAUUAUUCAAGUUGGAUAAACCAGUUUUGCAGACUGCAUCCUCAGUGCAUUUUCCAAUAAUGACAACUACCCUUAACAUUCUUGCAGACCUGGAUGCCUAUCUGUGUGAAACCAGUAGAGUCUUGAAGUAUAACUAAGGACAGAUACCAGUACUAGCACAAACAUUACCAAGGUGCAUGAUUAUGGAGAUGGUCUAUCUGUUGCUGAAAAUGUAUCUAGUUUUUUGACAACGGCUUAAUAACCAUGGGGUCAAGUGGACUUGGAAAAGCAGCAACAUUAGACGAACUGCUGAGCACUUGCAUUGAGAUGUUUGAUGACAAUGGAGAGCUGAACAAUAGUUAUUUGCCAAGAAUAGUUCUACUGAUGCACCGAUGGUAUUUAUCUUCCACUGAAUUGGCAGAAAAACUUCUCUGCAUGUAUCGAGAUGCGAUUGGAGAAAACUGUGAUGAAUUUCGGUUAAAGAUCUGCUACUUCAUGAGGUACUGGAUUCUCAAGUUUCCUGCAGAGUUUAAUUUGGACCUUGGUUUGAUCCGUAUGACUGAAGAAUUCCGGGAAGUAGCUAGUCAACUAGGGUAUGAAAAACACAUCAGCCUCAUCGACAUAUCCAGCAUUCCUUCCUAUGACUGGAUGAGAAGAGUCACACAGAGGAAAAAAGUAUCCAAGAAGGGAAAAGCUUGUCUGCUGUUUGACCAUCUGGAGCCCAUUGAAUUGGCUGAGCACCUCACUUUUCUGGAGCAUAAAUCUUUUAGAAGGAUCUCAUUCACUGAUUACCAAAGCUAUGUCAUCCAUGGCUGCCUAGAGAAUAACCCAACCUUGGAGAGAUCUAUUGCCUUAUUUAAUGGAAUCUCUAAGUGGGUCCAGUUGAUGGUUCUUAGCAAACCAACCCCCCAGCAAAGGGCAGAAGUCAUUACAAAGUUUAUCAAUGUUGCCAAGAAGCUCCUUCAGCUCAAAAAUUUUAACACUCUGAUGGCCGUGGUGGGAGGCCUUAGUCAUAGUUCCAUCUCACGCCUCAAGGAGACCCAUUCUCAUCUUUCUUCAGAAGUUACAAAGAACUGGAACGAAAUGACAGAGCUGGUCUCUUCCAACGGCAAUUACUGCAAUUACCGCAAGGCCUUUGCCGACUGCGAGGGCUUCAAGAUCCCCAUCCUUGGCGUCCACUUGAAAGACUUGAUAGCAGUCCAUGUCAUUUUCCCAGACUGGAUGGAGGACAACAAAGUUAACAUUGUAAAAAUGCACCAGCUCUCUGUUACCCUCAGCGAACUGGUGUCCCUGCAGAAUGCCUCCCACCACUUAGAACCCAACAUGGAUUUGAUCAACCUGCUCACGCUCUCUCUGGACCUCUAUCACACAGAAGAUGAUAUUUACAAACUGUCAUUGGUGCUGGAGCCUAGAAAUUCUAAAUCGCAGCCUACCUCCCCUACAACACCCACCAAGCCUGUGGUGCCCCUGGAGUGGGCAUCAGGAGUGAUGCCGAAGCCAGACCCCACAGUCAUCAACAAGCACAUAAGGAAAUUAGUAGAGUCUGUGUUUAGAAACUAUGACCAUGACCAUGAUGGGUACAUCUCCCAGGAGGACUUUGAAAGUAUAGCUGCCAAUUUUCCCUUUUUGGAUUCCUUCUGUGUCCUGGACAAAGAUCAGGAUGGCCUAAUUAGUAAAGAUGAAAUGAUGGCUUACUUUCUGCGAGCUAAGUCCCAGUUACACUGUAAAAUGGGACCAGGAUUUGUCCAUAACUUUCAGGAGAUGACCUAUCUCAAGCCAACCUUCUGCGAACACUGUGCAGGAUUUCUCUGGGGCAUAAUCAAGCAAGGAUACAAAUGCAAAGACUGUGGAGCCAAUUGUCACAAACAGUGCAAAGACCUCCUUGUUCUGGCCUGCAGGAGAUUUGCCCGGGUACCCUCCUUGGGCAGUAGUCAUGGGUCACUGCCUGGAAGUCCCUCGUUGCCCCCAGUGCAGGAUGAAGUGUUCGAGUUCCCUGGUGUCGCUGCUGGACACCGAGACCUGGACAGCAGAGCCAUCACAUUGGUUACAGGCUCUUCUCGCAAGAUCUCUGUGAGGCUGCAGCGUGCUACCACCAGCCAGGCCACCCAGACUGAGCCUGUAUGGUCAGAGGCUGGCUGGGGGGACUCGGGGUCCCACACCUUCCCCAAAAUGAAAUCCAAGUUCCAUGACAAAGCAGCAAAGGACAAAGGUUUUGCCAAGUGGGAAAAUGAGAAGCCCAGGGUGCAGGCUGGCGUGGGUGUUGUUGAUCGGGGCACUGAGUUUGAGCCUGACCAGGAUGAAGCAGAUGCUGGUGAGACCAGACAGGAUGGUGAGGAUGGCUGACUUCAGGCUGGGGACACCAGAGGCAAUAAUGUUGGCAUUUGGAAGGAGCAAGAUGAGAAAAUCUGAAGAACACUCCAACUCAGGAAGUUAUCUGAAAAGAUAUCUUGGACUUUUACUGACUGGUGACACCAUGCGAUCUCCCUGAUUAGACUAUGGGACAGAGGAUUUCCCCCGUGAACUAUUUAUUUCCUCCUCCCCAGGCUCUAGUUAGGUGUCACAAAGAUUGGGUGAUGUAGUUGGUAGUUCUCAUGUAUCUUUCUCUAGAGCCAUUUAUAUAUGAGUGAAGUGAAAGCUUUUCUGCAUGUACUUGAUACUCAUUCUCAAAACUCAAACUUUACUUUUUUGUGAGAAUAUUAUUUCAGUAUUUUUAUAAACUUUUGGUAGGGGAGGAGUCAAUUUAGAGGUCUUUUUUUGUGUGUGCUUUUUGGAUGGGACCAGGACUUGUUUUCUAGAAGGACACGGAAGCUCUUCAGAUCCUGGAAGAUGGUGGUUCUUCUAACCCAAGGAGAUGUUUACAUGUUUCUUACUGUACAGUUGCUAUUAUGAUAUGUAACAAGUCAUACUUUUAUAUUCACUUAAGUCUUACCCAUUCUGCAUAAGGAAGCUAUGACAUAGCCAUGAAAACUCUCAUAAUAUUUAUAAUUGCCAUGGGGGAAAAUUAAGUAUACUUGUCUCACCUGACUAGGUUUAGCUAUCUUUCCCAAGACUAAGACUGUUAAGGCUGCCAGUAAGAAAUAUGGAUAGUGAUUACAAAAUCAAUUAAAAUGGGGGGGGGGGUAAAAUCUAGGAGAAAAACAAACCACCAAGCAAACCACUUAGUGAAAUAA